GCCAACACUGCUGCAUGGUACGCAUCAAAUAUGGAGUCGCGCUUCUUCGUAGAAUGUGACAAUGUAUUGUAAUAAUUUUAAAUGUUUAUGUUUAUAUUAAUUGAUAGAAUGAUUUUAACACAAUUUUUUAAUUAUAUCGACUAGGUUACUGGCAACUUCGUAACUGUUCACUAGUCAAAUGAAUUAGCUCGCAUAUGGUUGGAUUGAAAUUUUAAUGUAUUUGAGAAAUUUAAAGUUAUGUUGACUUCUACUUCGAGCAUGGGUUCGGUUGUGAAAUGGAAAAAGGUUUCAGAAACAACAGGUCCGCAGCCUCGUCCACGACACGGGCAUCGAGCUGUGGCCAUCAAAGAGCUACUGAUCGUCUUCGGCGGCGGUAACGAAGGUAUCGUAGACGAAUUACACGUGUAUAACGCGACUAGUAAUCAAUGGUUUAUACCAAAUACAUCGGGAGAUAUUCCACAAGGGUGCGCUGCCUACGGUUUCGUCGUAGACGGUACCCGAAUAUUGGUUUUCGGCGGUAUGGUCGAGUACGGUAAAUAUUCGAACGAGUUAUACGAAUUACAAGCUUCACGUUGGGAAUGGAAGCAUCUGCGACCGUUGCCACCCAACAAAGGACCGUAUCCUUGCCCUCGACUCGGGCACAGUUUCACGCUGAUCGGACACAAAGUGUAUUUAUUCGGAGGCUUAGCCAACGACAGCAACGAUCCCAAGAAUAACAUACCUCGUUAUCUUAACGACCUAUACACGUUGGAUAUUUCAUCGCCGGACGCGUUAGCCUGGGAUAUACCACAAACGUACGGCGAUUCGCCGCCGCCUCGCGAGUCGCAUACGGCGGUCGCGUAUACCGAUCGGUACGGCGUAUCCAAGUUAAUCGUGUACGGUGGCAUGAGCGGAUGCCGUUUGGGCGACUUGUGGAUAUUAUCGAUCGAUAGUAUGACUUGGAGUAAACCUAUGGUUUCCGGUCCGGCUCCGUUGCCCAGAUCGUUACACACAGCUACCACUAUCAAAGAUAAAAUGUACGUUUUCGGCGGCUGGGUGCCUUUACUGAUGGACGACGUCGGCGUCAAGGUGACCGCGCACGAGAAAGAAUGGAAAUGCACGAAUCAACUGGCGUGUUUGAAUUUGGAAACCAUGUCGUGGGAAGAUCUGAAUUUGGAUACGAACGAAGAGAACAUGCCACGUGCCAGAGCCGGCCAUUGCGCGGCUAGUAUUCACACCAGGAUGUAUAUUUGGUCCGGUCGAGACGGCUAUAGAAAGGCGUGGAAUAAUCAAGUAUGCUGCAAAGAUCUAUGGUACUUGGAGGUCGGCGCGCCGGGUAAAUGCAGUCGCAGCCAGUUGGUUCGCGCGUCCACCAACUCGCUGGAGAUAUUCUGGUUACCGGUGCCGGCUAGUGAUAUGUUCCUGCUACAGAUACAGAAAUACGACGUGCCGCCCGAUACGUUCCAGAGUUCGACGCCCGGCAUGAUAGAUUACUCGCAGUUGCCCUUCUUGACGCCCGAAUUGGCCGCCAAAUAUACCGGAACUGGUACGACGGCCGAUGCUAAAGAUCACGUUAAAAGUACAGCGUCAUCCGUUACGUCGACGGUGAACUCGAUUUCUCCGGCAGCAGCAGCGUCGGCGGCGGCCACCGCAGCGGCUGUAGCCAGCGUUAAGAAAACGGAGUACGGUUAUUCGCCCUCUACGAAUUUAACGCAACCGAUAUUCUCGCAGUCGGCGGCAGCUACGGCUGCGGCUACCGCCACCAUAUACAGAGCAGAUUCGAAUUCCGGUCUGAGUACGCCGUUGGUUAUACAAUCUCCGAACGUAGUGCGAAGCGCCGUCGGUCCUAUAAUCAAAUCCGAAACGCCGCAAACUAUCAACGCUAAUACGCCUAUUAUUAUAUCAUCGUCGACCGCUGCCAACCAAAACGCCACCGCUAGUCCGGCCUCGUCUAUGACCGGUAUCCACGCUUUAGCCGCUGCCGCCUCGCAAACGCAGAAAAUCAAAACAGUCUCGCCUCAGCAGGUCAGAGUGGUGCAGAAUUCGGCCCUAGGCGAUACGCCCAAAUCGCCUGUGCCGCUGAAAUUCAUCCAAACGCAGAAAAGCAUCGCGUCCGGAACGCUGCAAACGUCUUCGAACGUUGUGUUCUCGACUACGCUUAAUUCGACCGGUACCGUGCCCGGUUCCGGUAUAAAACUGAUCAACGCUGCGCCCAAACCAUCGCCUACUGUUAUCAAAUCUCCGGCCAGUCCGCAGCUAGGCAAACAGAUCAUCAUACAGAAACCUGUGACGGUAGCCGGUGCCACAUCGUCGACCGGUACAGGCGCCAGUCCGCAACUAGUAACAUUGGUCAAGACUAGCCAAGGUAUGGCCGUUACGCCGGUCAACAAAAUGAACGUAAUGCAAGGUAAACCGACGACGAUUACUUCGACGUUAACUAGCGCGGUCCCCGGAGCUGCGGGAAUGGCCGGUAAACCAACCACCGUCACGCAGGGUACGACGUUAGUGAAAUUACUCGGUCCUGCCGGAGCAGCCGCCGCAGCAGGUACCGCCGGCGGCGCUAAUAAAUGUAUGAUAACCAACGUAGUGAAAACCGUACCGGCUCUAGGCUCGAAUAUCCUGAAAACCGCUCCGCAGUUGACGGCCACCUCAGUACCGCGUGCUCGCGUAACGUUACCCAAUAAACCGCAGACUAUCGUUAUACAGAAACCCGGACUAGGCGGAAGACCGGCUCAUCAAAUCAUCGUCGUCACAACAGGCUCGAAUCUGCGAACCGUGCAAACCAUCUCGGUCUCGCAAUCGGCCGGACAAACGGGCACCGUACCGAUUAGCAGCGGUACCGGAGGCGUCAGUACCAUCGUAAGCGCCGGCGGUAACCCUGUUCGAAUGAUGGUCGUGUCGUCAGCCAGCUCAACGCCCAUGGUUGGCAAACCGAUCACAAUCACGGUACCGGCCGGUAGCGGUAUUCGUAAAAGUUUAACCAUUACUGGAAAAACCAGCAACCUAACCGGAGCGACGACUCAAGCUUUGACCUUCGGCGGUAAACCGAUCACGUUGCAGAUGGUCGGAGGCCAAAAGAACGUCGCCAUUAUAUCGAACGCUGCCGCGACAGCCGGCGGAGUCGCGUCAUCUACACCGAACUCCACCACCAACCUGCUGCUGUCUCCAUUAACCAAAUUCAUCAACGCUACGAACACUGCUGCGACCACUUCCGGUAUUGUGACGACCACAGCUGAUAUCUCAUCGGGCUCCGAAUCGGUCGCAGUCGCGGCCACGGCAACGACGUCACGGCUCAUCACUACAAGCGGUGUUAUCUCGACGUCGAACCUCGUACCGCUCAGUACCGCUAUCACAAAUCCUGCCGCAAUCAUCGCCGCCGCAGCGCCUACGACUUCGACAGCUGUUGUUACAACGCAUCCGACGACGGCGGCGACGUCUUCGACGACAGCAGCCGAUCAAACCGUCGACGUUGGUUUCCUAGACGAUUCUGUAGCCGUCAAACAAGCUGCCAAAUUAGUCGCCGCUGCUGCCUCAGCAGCUGCCACCACAGCCGCCGCCGCUGCCUCAUCGGCGGCAGCUUCUACGAUAUUCGAAGAUCGUGCCUCCCCUAGUCACAACGUGUUAGACACUAAAACCGUCGUCGAGUCGGAUACGCUAGAUCAUACAAACGCCUCGAAAUUCUUAGAAAAUGUCGAUAAAAUUACCGCCACCGCAUCGUCGCCCACAGUCGUCGAAUCGAACGAUGUCGAAAUGAGCGAGCCUACGGAUUCGGUUACCACCGCCGACGAUGUCGAUGUCGACGAAUCGAACGUCGUCAAGACGGUCGAAGAAAUGCUACACGAAAGCGGCGCCGCUCAAAAUAUCAGCGAAGACGAUAACGUGAUGUCGAACGAUAUCGAAAUGAAAGACGUGUCCGAAAACAUGAUUUUGGACGAAGCUCCGGUCACCAGCAGCGGCGGCGGAUCUGAUCCUAGCGAGGCUGCCAUCGACGAAUCCGCCUCGAAAGAUCCGCAAACGACAGACUCUUCCAGCGUUAUCGUCGGUAGCGUUUAGAUAAGGGGAAAAAUCCAGGGCCCAAUGUCUCACGAUCUUUCAAUUCUCCUUUAGGCUUAGAAAACGAAAUUUUUUAAGCGUCCAGUGAUGAUUUGCUCGGCUCUUUGCCCCCGCCCGAUCUUUCAUCGAGUGCACGUGUCGUCGUCGCAGGCUGCUCGGCCACUAACGAAAGUUCGACCAGACGAAGAGCUUUUUGUCGUGUGUAUAUCGUGAUUUUUCAUGCUUUUUUGAUCGAUUUUAAAAUCUGUAAUCUAUUUCCCGCUCACCGCCUUUUUGCCCCCCUCCCUUCUUUCAUUACCAACUAUUCCGUAUUUUUCUUAUAUAUGAUUGUGCUUGUUUGUGUUUUUUUUUCUUCUUUUUUUGAAAAUAAUCCUCGAAAGGAAUUACUAUUUCAAUUUUUUCAGUAUGUUUUCUCUUUUAACAUACAUUAUAGUCGUUUUAAUUUCAUCGGAAAUUUUUUUUUCGUACCCUUUUCGUCUCGCUUCCCCCACCCCCUUUGGAUGUAUUUUCGAAUGGAUCAUAUUUUUUGAAAUCUGAAAACUAGUAAAAAUUGGUUUCGCGUCGACUUGGAAGUGUGCUUGAACGUCGUUGGGGGUGGUGACCUUUCUUGAUAGGUAUUUUAACGAAUUUUUUUUUUUUAGACUGCCAGCUCUCGCCGGUUUCGUUAUUAAAGUUGAUCGCUUGCUGUAGUACUCAGAAUAAUAUAGGAGUCUUGCCCCUCUUCUCCUCUCCUUUUCUGUCCAUGUCAUCUUGCGUGACCCCCUCCUUUUUUUAAAAUAAUAAACGAUUUUGUAAAUAUUGCUUGUAUCAACGUGCUGCAAUAUUAUGCUGCAUGCUGCUAGAUUCACUCGUCAAACAUUAUUGUCGUAUAUACUUUAAUUUUGUAAAUUUUUGCUCUUUUUAUUAUUUUUUUUUUUAAUUAAUGAAUUUUUUUUCUCGUUUAUAUAAAUUAUCAUUAUUUUAUUUAUUAUGUGAAAGUUACAUGGUAUUUGUUUUGUGCGUUGUUUGAAUAUGAACCUUUUUAUUAUCAUUAUUUUUUUUUUAUGCAAAAGUAAUCGAUACCUAUAUUGAAUUCUUUUUUUUUUUCUGUGAAAAAUAACACGUUAAUUUGAAUUUCGAUCUUUAUUACUAUUAUUAUAUUAUAUAAUUAUUUGUUUUGAAUCGUUCUUGUAAAUAACGAACCAACCAGUGGUAAAUAAACAAUUUGAAUGACGACGGAAUAGGUUGCCUGUUAUGGUUUUUUUACCCUUGUUUUUUUUUGUUUUUUUUUCUCGUUUCUUCGCCCUUCGAUUUUUCUUCUUUUUUGAUCGAACUAAUCGGUUUUUAUGAACUUUCUAUUGUAUGAUUAUUUUAUUUUUUCUCGUAAGGGCUUCCUAAUGACGGUUAACUGAUGACGCGGGUUUGGACUGUUUUCUUAGUGAUGGUAUUUGUCGAGAUACCUACCAUGUUGACAACACGAAGUAUUGAAUUUAUUUUAUUACUAUUAUUACCCUAUUCUUUUCUCCCGUAUAAUACAAUUAUCGAUACGUGUAAAUUGUAAAUUAUUGAAUUUUUUUGGAUUAUUUGUAUGGGUUAAGAGACGCCUCGUUUGAAAAAGAAAAAAAAAUGUUCAACAAGUAGUUUCGCAGAAUUAUUUUCUCUCAUGUAAAUUUCGUAUAAAUAGUAGGAUAUGAUUUUUAUUAGCUUAUGUUUUAAGCGUAAUUUGUUAUUUAAAAAGUUUAACGAUAAUGUCAAGCAUUGUUUUAUAUUAAAAAAAUUGUAAUUUAAU